AAAAUAUCACAGUCGGCGCGGUAAUGUGGAGAAUUCAGACGCAUCCUCUACAUCUUCAGCAGGAUACCAGAUUACACCCGUCGGCCGCCGCGAUUCUUUACAACGAGAGGUUCAGCCUCCUACAACAGACUUGCUCGCUGAUUGGAUCGACGGCUGGUGCCGGCAGCUCAGGGGCGGUCGGAGGCGGUCAGGUUCAGCUCUGGCAAUUCUUGCUGGAACUACUCUCGGAUUCGUCCAACUCGUCUUGUAUCGCGUGGGAGGGAUCGAACGGCGAAUUCAAGCUCACCGAUCCGGAUGAAGUUGCGCGUCGAUGGGGCGAGCGCAAGAGCAAGCCCAACAUGAAUUAUGAUAAGCUGUCGCGCGCAUUAAGAUAUUACUACGACAAGAACAUAAUGACGAAAGUACACGGUAAACGUUACGCUUACAAGUUCGAUUUUCACGGUCUGAUGAUGGCUUGUCAGUCGCAAGCCGGUGUAAUGCUGGAAGCGUCGACGUCGACGCGGGUAACAGGCGCGAACUGUCAUCCAGCCCGUCAUCAGCCUCAUCGUGCGGCUCACCGUUUGUAUCCGGUCGGGCCGUCGUUUGCUCAACACACUCUGCCACCCUCGUUGCAAUCGGGAUCAUCCCUGUCUACUCAGCAAUCGUCGCCAGCAGGAGCAGCGGCAUCAUCGUUGCAAUCGCUGCAACCACCGCCGCCGCCACCACCGCCGCCGCCGCCUCAAUCACCACCGCCGCAUUAUUGUUGGCCGUAUCAUCGAUACUCGUCAUCGGCAUAACGUGGUCGUUCGGU